AUGGAUGAUGAAAAUAAAGUUAAAUUCACUGCUCAAGAUUUAUAUGAUAAGAAAGCAGACAAAACAGAGCUUCAAACAUUGAAGACUGAAAUACUUCAAACAUUAUAUCCUGUUGGUUCUAUUUAUACGUCAAUGAACUCAACAAAUCCAGAAACGGUUUUAGGUUUUGGUAUGUGGAAGCAGAUUGUAGACAAAUUCUUAUACUGUGCUAGAUAUUCAAAGCAAACAGGAGGUUCGAAGAAAAUUAAAGAAGCAAACCUUCCACCGCACACUCAUACAGGAACUACAAACACAACAGGUAAUCAUUCACAUUCAAUAACAAAAAGAGGUUAUAUAAAUCUUGCAGCGGGUUCGGAUAGAUGGGGAAUGAAUAGAUAUGAUAUCACAACUGACCCAGUAGAUUCAAACACAGGUAUUUUCUGUGGAACCGCAGGAAAUCAUUCACACACUUUCACAACAAAUCCAACAGGCUCGGGUAAAGAUUACAUGCCACCAUUUGUGACUGUAUUCGCAUGGUACCGCGUUCAUUGA